GAAAAUUCACAGAAGCGACUUGCUGUAAAUGAUACUGUUCAAUACAAAACAUGCAGUCUUAUUGCUUUUCUAAAAGGUAGUUCAAAAUCACCCAUGACUGAUCAAAGUGCAACUGCAAUUUGUGAAGAUAAAGUUGUCUUUGAUCUCGGCGACAUAGUUCAUGGUCGAAUACAGCUUUCACAUCUCAAUAGAUGUGACAUAUUCUGCUACUUGAAGCAUCACACGAUACCGGAACAAGAACACAUGAUAACACAGCAGGUGGUGAAGGGUAUCGAAAAAGGGAAGAAAACCUUGGCAUUCCAAAGGUCGUGGUUAGAUACAUUUCCAUGACUGGCAUACAGCUCAAGUGCAAGGGGUGGUCUGUGCAAGUUCUGUAUCCUAUUUCCAACUUCAGGACGACAGAGUGGGACCUUCGUUAGCAAACCAUUUCAGAAUCUGCAAAAAGCAUGUGGUGUCAAUGGAAAGCUGCAGACCCAUGAGAGUUUGCAGUAUCAUCGUGAUGCUGUCACUCGAGCUCAAGCCUUUAUUUUGACAUACCACAAUCCUGAGCAAAGGAUUCAACACCAUGUAUCACAGCAGGCGAGAGAGAAUUAUGAAAGAAAUUUUCAAGUCUUGUCUGUCAUUGUAAGAGCCAUUUUGUAUUGCGGGAGGCAAAACAUCGCUCUGAGGGCCGGGUCACCGUGAUGACUGGUCAUCCACCUCUUCAAAUAUGGGUAACUUUAUGGAGCUACUGAAACUCCUUGGAGAGUUUGAUGAGGGCCUUCGCAUGCAUCUAGAGAGUGGAAGGAAAAAUGCAAUGUACACUUCAAAAACAGUCCAGAGUCAAGUCAUUGCAAUCAUUGCUGAUAUGAUACGUGAAGAGGUCACAACACAUAUCAAGGGAGAUAAUGCUUUCUUCUCUAUAAUUGCUGAUGAAGUUACGGAAAAGCAUUCUAACAGGGAGAUCAUGUCUCUAUACCUACGGUUUGUAGCAAGGAACAACGACAAGCCUGUAAUCAAAGAGGUAUUCUUCGACUUAUGCUAUCUGACAAGAACAACAGGAGUCACUAUUGCUGCUGCUAUAAAAGAAAGUCUCAAGACUCACGGUGUCGACAUCCAAAAAGCCAGAGGGCAAGCAUUUGAUGGUGCAGCAGCUAUGUCAUUGGACAAGGCUGGUGUUGCAGCUCGAAUUCGUGAUGUGGCACCGAUGGCAGUCUAUACUCAUUGCAACAGCCACAUUUUGAACCUGAGUAUUGCAGCAAGUUGCAAGCUUCCGGAGAUUAGGAAUAUGAUAGACACCAUCAACUCUUUGUUUCUCUUUUUCAACUCAUCGCCCAAAAGGCAGAAAUUCAUGGAAUUGGUGCUGGAUGUUGAGAGCGCCCAGACGAGGAAACGACAUAUAAAAGGACUUUGCAAGACUCGCUGGGUUGAGAGACACACCUGUUUUGAAACAUUCCAAGAAGUCUGAGUAUGUUUGUAUCUCUCUGGAGGCUAUCUCUUGGCCUCAUCUUCAUCCUGAACUAGAGUUGGUAACACCCUCGGAUUUAACGAGUGAAAUGUGGAACUGGCAAAGGGAUAGAGAGACCACAGUCAAGGCGCAGGGAUUGCUUGCUUCGCUGCAGAAGCCAGAGUUUAUAAUGGCCUUCGUUGUUGUGAAGAACUGCCUCCAAUUGUUAAGAGGAAUGACAACCGAAUUGCAAAAGAGGGAUAUUGACAUUGUCUCAGCAUAUAACGUGAUUGACGACACAACGAAAAAGAUCACUGAUCUUGGAGCGAAUUCGAACAUCAACAGGGAGCACGCAGACUGGUACAACGAAGCACAACAAAUUGGCAAAGAAAGUGGGGGAAGAUAUCACCAUGCAAGGUAUCAACACAAGGAACGUUUACUGGGCCAACGUGGCAUGUACUUCUACUAGCGACUACUAUCAAGUCAACUACACUGCAAAGUUUGUAGACCACCUGCACAGUGAAUUUGGCACCAGGUUUAGCAAUGACCACCAAGUCGGAGUGAAAUUGCUUCGCAUACUGCCAUCCUACAUACCAUAUGUACCCAACCAUGGGCUGAUUUGGACCAAGUCAUUCAUGAUUUGGCGUUGUGGGAAGGUGAUCUAUCACAUCCUGCCACUCUGAAGAAUGAAAUCCGGGACUGGUUUAAACUAUGGAGUGACUGUGAGGCAACUGGUCGUGAGACUUUACCUACUAAUUUGCUGGAUGCACUCUGUCAGUGUGAUCCGGAUGUCUUUCCCUGCAUCCAUCGACUUCUGACAAUCGGCUGCACACUGCCUAUCACUAGCUGUGAGGCCGAAAGGUCCUUCUCUGUUUUAAGACGUACUAUGAAUUACAUGCAGUCGACAAUGGGUAGAGACAGGCUUACUGGACUUAUUCUUAUGCACAUGCAUAGGAAUAUUGACAUCGAUCCAAGAAAAGUAGUUUCACGUUUCAUUAAGGACCAUUCCACCAGAAUGUUUACGAGUUCUGUCUUGUUUGAUUAGGUUACUAUUUAUCUAAAACUAUUUCGUUCGUAUAUCGUAUCUUCAAUUUUCAUCAGCAAGAAUGUUUAAAAGUUCUUUGUUGUUAGACUAGCUAAAAGAUUUCAUUAAUGUAUGUAAUGAUAAUUUAUAAGAGGAUUGAAUAUGUCGUAGUCUACAACGUCUUGAAGAGAAUAAAAUGU